AUGCUUCGCCAUACAGUGGACGAAGCGUCGACAGGCUCGGAUUCGGACUACUCCAAGUAUGGCGGCGGACAGUGGAUAUCGUGGUUCCUCUCGUCCAAGGGGAACGAAUACUUCUGCGAGGUCGAGGAAGACUACAUCCUCGACCGCUUCAACCUCACGGGCCUGAACACCGAAGUGUCAAACUACACCCAGGCCCUCGACCUCAUCACGGACAACCUAGGCAAAACAGACGACGACUUCCAAGACGAGUUCCGCGGCUCGCUCGAUAUACAAGCCCGGCUCCUCUACGGCCUCAUCCACGCGCGCUGGAUAGUCACAGCCCGAGGCCUCCAGAAGAUGCUCGACAAGUACAAAAGAGCCGACUUCGGGCGCUGCCCGCGCGUGCUGUGCCAGUCCCAACCCCUCCUCCCCGUCGGCCUCACCGACGUGCCGUACGAAAACUCCGUCAAGCUCUACUGCGGGCGCUGCGAGGACAUCUACUCCCCCAAGUCCUCCCGCCACGGCUCCAUCGACGGCGCCUACUUCGGGACGUCCUUCCCCCACCUCCUGUUUUUAGUCUACCCGGGCCUCAUCCCGCCAAAGAGCGGGCCCGUGGACCUCGCGCGGCCGGGUGGGGCGGGGCUCGCCGGGGAGGACGCGGCGGCGCGGCGGCGCGCGAGGAUGAAGGAGGAGAUCCAGGAGGGAUCGGGCGUGGGCGAGGGCGUCGGGGAGGGGGUGAGCACGGCGGCGGCGGCGCUGAGGGCGGAGCGCUAUCGCCCGAAGAUCUUUGGGUUCCAGGUGAACGAGAUCGCGAAGCUCCAGCGGUGGCAGGAGGCCGUCAGAGACAGGUCCGUCGCCCGCCUUCGUCUUCCAUCGUCGUCACUCUACAUCUGA